UUUAGUGCAGUUUCCUUAAUCCAGACCCUUACCUUGCUCUCUUGCAGAUGUGUUCCCGCAAUCUAGCAAUUUCGUUGGCACUGAUUAUCGCACUGGUACCACUGUCAACUGUAGCCUUACCUCACCAUAGCAUCGUCAAGCGCAGCUCUUUUUUUGACAUAGAAUGUAAGGGGCAGUUCAACAAACAGAUCUUCUACCGGCUGGAUCGAAUAUGCGAAGACUGCUACUCGUUAUUCCGGGAGCCCCAGAUUCUGUCCUUCUGCAAAGAGGGCUGUUUCGGAACGGAUUAUUUCCUGGCAUGCGUGGAAGCACUUUUCCUCGAAGAGGAGAAGGAAAAAUUCAUGAAAUGGCGCGAGAUGCUGGGUAAGAAGAAGUAAGCAGCAAGUACGUACCAAAUGGAUUGGCGCCGGUAAAGCGGUUGAAGUGUGGAACUUUUUGCUUCUUGUUUAGUGAACACAUUCUCUCUCGACCAUGCUCUCUACGUUUUGUGCUACGAUUUUAAACAAAAGAAACUAAACCAUUAUAUAUAUAAUGCAAAAGGGACAGGAUGGGUCUUUUCUGUGCGUAGAUCGUUAUUUAUGCUUAAGCAUUUUUCCCCUCUGUAAAAUAUCGAUAGGAGUAUAACGCCGUUGACUCAAUAUGCGCCAUUAAGUUGAAUAUACUGCUUCUGCUUUUUCAAUGAGCUUGAAACAAGUUUGCGAAAGCGUUUGAUUCUUUUCUGGCAACAAAAUUUGUACAUAAUUGUUUCACAUACAAAUCACGAGUACAGUGCUAGUUAAUGUUAGCAGUUACAGGCAUGUGUGUGAAUGAAGGCCAUUAGAAGAUAGGGAACGAAAGGCAGAGUGCUAGUUGCGCAUGUUCGGAUCUGGAAAGCGAGUGAUGGAAGUAUGAUUGACGAAAAUGGUAUUUAUUUUAACUAUUAAUGAGAGGAAUAAGAAAUAAAAAUAGUAUUUUAUUUUUACAUCUUCGACAAAAACUGCAUCGAAAACGAAAAAUAAAGUGAACCUCUUUAAUUGUAUAUGUGGCUAAGUGAGCAGAUUAACUUAUUUAGUUAACGGUGCAUUGCUGAGACGUUCGAGGGUAACGGCGGUACAACGAAGCCUGAAAACGCGUGAAACAUUGCUGUGAGGAACAUCUAGUGAAAGGUAUUAACACAACUAGAAUUGCACACAAAGUACGGGACAAAAUCGACCGCACAAAGAGUCAGCAAGUGCCCUAGAAUGCAUUGCGAAUGAUAUUCGUGAAAGAAAAGACGGCACACAGGCCAGGAUAGGAGAAAAUCGCGACUUGCUAAUGGCGUACCCGGUGCUAAGUUGUAUCAUGCGGGGAAGGUAACGGCCAAAGAGCUGUGGACCAUUGCAUUCCCCAAAUCCUACGCAAUUCUGAUAGAUACGAUCAGUUGAACUGUUCCCCAGGUAGUUAAUAUAAUGAUGUUUUGCAAGAGUACGAUCAUCGAUUGUUUGCUGCUUUGAUUUAUUCUUCUUUACUCGUAUUUGCGAGCCUGGAGGUUUCUUUUAGUAAGCAAAGCUUCUGUUUGAACAUUACCAGCAUAGCCCUCGUCAGAAGUGAUCACCAUGUUAAGUGAAAUGUGUAUUUAUAUCCUACAAAAAAGGAAAGAAUGAAAAAGCGAAAUAUAUAUUCUGUUUUGAAAUCUAGUCCAGAAAGCACACACACUAAUGUUUAGUUAAUUAAUAAUAAUUUGUUGAAAUAGAAGUAGCAGCAGCGGUACGAGACAACUGUGCAGAUAUAUUAUCCAGCCGAACAGUAGAAUGCAAUUAAAAAGAAAAUGAAGAAAAAAAAUAGAUGCAUAAAUUACAGUUUGGAGGGGCAUGUUCGAAAUAUAUGUACCAAGUGCCAAUUUUACUGAAUUAAUCAAAGAUUAUGUUAUAGAACAAAAUUUCUUUAAAAAGAAAUCACUCACACACUACCAACAUCAAGCAGCUCGAUGCUGAUUUUCUUUGAUUUCCAAUUUGAAUUUGGGUUGUUUGCAGAAAUCAAAAUAGAUCAUUGUUCUGAAUUGGUUUAACAAAAAAAACAUAAAUCAGUUUUGAAGGAGGCAAAUUUUGCAAAUGAGUUCAACUCAUUUUAAUGAGUAUUGUCUUGCAACACAUAAAAGGAAAUCAAUUCCAACAUUCCUUUCUAGACAGUAUUUUCCUCAUUUUAAAGAAAUAAUUUUCAUUACGUUAUGUUUAUUUUUAUCUGUCAUACAUUUAAUUUUUCUGCUAUUCCCUCCCUAAAAAGUAAUUUGAAAUAACGUAUGAACCAAACUUGACGAGAAACCGAAGAACGUUUUUGCAAUCCUAAGAGGAUAGGGAUAGUUUUCCCACAACAAAACCGAGCUACGCACUGGAAACGUUUGUUUUCAUUAUAUUUUAUACGACAAAUCAUAAAAUGUUUGGAAAGUUACGAACAGCGGCUAAAAUAAACCAAACAACGGUCUGUUUCACACCAGUUACACAUUAUUAUGUUGACAACUGGCUAUAGAUUGCUCGAUAUAACAAACAGUGUAAAAUCGCCUCAAGUAGGCAAUCUAUGUGUAAAAUUGUAUCUAAAAGAUACACACAACCAUUACAGUGCACUCAAAAGCGAGCCUGAACCAGUUGACUAGAGUAGUACACUAUCAAGGAGCCACUUCUUCGUAUGAUCGUACAAUUUAUGUUUGGGAAAAACGGCUUUUUAAGAGCAACAGCAAGCGCAUAAAAAUAUACAAAAAAAAGUUUGAUGUUAACACUGUACCUAAAGGUGCAGCGCGUAGCUCUAAGAAACGGAAAGAAAUCUUUUGGUGUGAAUUUAAUGGUUUACCAUCAACAGAUGUCAGAUGGAGAAAGAAUGUUUUAACGAUAAAUUUGAGCACGCGCCAAUCGAGCGAAUGUUGCGAGGAAUGCAAAUUAUAUAUUACAUGUUACAAUACGUACAGAAGAAGGAAUAAUAAAAUAGAACAUGA